AUGACUGGAAAUGACAAAAAGGUGGAUAAAGAGGUUUCUGGCCAAGCCGAGGCCAUUUUAAACUAUAGUGAGCUUCGUAAACACUACCACGAACCGACACCACUAAGAAAAUUCAUAUAUGACAUGGUUUUAUGGAUGUUCCAAAUUAUAUUCGACUGCUUUUUUAGAGAGAUUCGACCUCGAGGAGCAUUCAGACUUCCAAAGACAGGCUCAGUAAUUUUUGUGGCUGCCCCUCAUGCAAACCAGUUCGUCGAUCCUAUUAUUCUACAGACGCAGGUGAAGAAGGAGACAAAUCGUAGGCUUUCCUUUUUGAUAGCGGAAAAGUCACAUAACAAACCAUUCAUUGGUUUAAUUUCUCGUUCUCAGCUUUCAAUUCCGGUGAAGAGAGCUCAAGAUAACUUAAAAUCUGCAAGAGGUAAGGUGACAAUGGAUGCGGAUGACCCUAUGCACGUGAUUGGUGACAAGCACACAUUUUUCACCGAAGAUUGCCAGACUAAAGGCCUGCUUGCUCUACCAAAAUCAUUGGGUAUCGGCCAGAUCGGUCACGUUGUUUCUGAUCGUGAGCUAUAUCUCCGUAAGCCCUUCCACUAUGCCAAUGAAAAGAGCCUCAGGGAGGGUGAAAAGUUGUUCAGGGAUGGUACAAGCUUCAAGAGUGCUGCUAAGAUUGAUCAAUCAGAGGUGUAUGCGCAAGUCUUUGAACACCUUGCUAGAGGUCAUUGUCUCGGUUUAUUUGCCGAAGGAGGAUCUCAUGAUAGACCUGAUUUGCUCCCUCUUAAGGCAGGUGUGGCUAUCAUGGCAUUAGGAGCAAUGGACGUCAAUCCUGGUUGCUCUGUUAAGAUAGUUCCAUGUGGCAUGAACUAUUUCCAUCCCCAUAAAUUUAGGUCUCGUGCAGUUGUCGAGUUCGGAUAUCCAAUUGAGGUUGAGAAGUCCUUGGUUGAGAUGUACGCGAAUCCUGCCACCACAAAGGACGCCAUCAGAGAACUUUUGGAUACUAUUACGAAGGCCUUGAAGGCCGUCACUGUGACUUGCCCUGAUUAUGAGACUCUUAUGGUGGUUCAGGCAGCUAGAAGACUCUAUUCUAACAGCUUUUCCAGCCAGCUUUCUCCGCCGGCUAUUGUCGAAAUGAACAGAAGACUCCUGAAAGGAUACCAAGAAUUCAAGGAUGAACCCAGAAUUAAAGAGUUGAGCAAGGAAAUCCUUGACUACAACCAGAAUUUGAGAAGCCUUCAUAUUCCGGAUCACUUGGUGGAACGACAGACCCAAGAGCGCAUUAAAGUUGUGGUUUUGUUUGAACUUUUGGCUGUUUUCAUUAAAGUGGCUGUACUGGCGGUGUUGGCAUUGCCCGGAAUCAUAUUAUUCUCUCCAAUUUUUAUCACUGCCAAGAAGAUCUCCGAAAAGAAACGGAAGGAGGCGUUGGCGGGCUCUACCGUCAAGAUUGAGGCCAAGGACGUAAUUGCUACUUGGAAGAUUUUGGUGAGCAUGGGAUUAGCACCGAUACUAUAUUCUUCCUACUCAGCGCUUGGUUCUUACGCUCUUUGCAAAUACUGGGAUCCGAAACUUUCUUUUCUCGGGGCUUUCUUUAUGUUUUAUGCAUUUUCUGCUACAAUCACAUACUCUGCAUUGGUAUUUGGAGACCGUGGCAUGGAUCUCAUUAAUUCCAUCAGACCGCUGUGGCUUAUGUUGAGAAACAACAAGGGCUUUGAUAAUUUACAGAAGCAAAGAAAGACACUUGCACGGGAGAUCACUGCCGCCAUUAAUGAGUUUGGACCUCAGAUAUAUUCAGACUUCAAUUUGAGGAACUAUACAGAGGAUCAGACUGAUACCACUGAAUCAAUGACGGAAAUGUAUGAGGAAGGAAAGACACAAAUGUUAAGAAGGAGAAGAGCGGCUAGAAAGGCAAAGAGACUUGCUGAAGGUAAAACAUCCAGACCCGUUAAUGUUGGUGAGGUGCCCAUUCUUCAAGAUGAUAGUUCAUCUUCGGGAAUAGGCCUAUCCAGUGCUUCGACGAGUGACUACGAACUUUCGUCAUCAGAAUCUGAGUAUGACUACCGGGAUGAACGGAAGAGACCUGAAAGUAACUCUGUGAAUUUAGUACGAGAUCAAAUUAUUCAUGAUAACAGGAAAAGAGAGCAGUGA